UCCGUUUUUAAAGUCGGUGUUUGUAUAUCAUCUGACUAAAACUCUCAAUUAUAUGUGGUUAUAAGCCAAUUCCAUAAAUUUCUCAUCUCAAAUUGGAACCAUUGAACUUUGCACUGUUCAGUCGCCAUUCUAACCUCUAAUAAUGACUUUUAAGAAUGAAAAAAUAUUAGUCCUAUAUGGUUCACAAACUGGCAAUGCUCAAGACAUUGCCGAACGAAUCUGGCGUGAAUCGAAACGAUUUUACUUUGCCUGUUCAGUCAAGUCCAUGGAUGAAUAUAAUGUUUUAGAACUUGUGAAUGAGACAUGUGUUGUGUUCGUUUGUGCUACCACUGGUCAAGGUGAGGAACCAGAUAACAUGAAAGGAUUCUGGAAGUUUUUGCUGAGAAGAAAUUUACCUAGUGAUUCACUGAUAAAUAUGAGGUUUGCGGUCCUGGGUUUGGGGGAUUCUAGCUAUACAAAAUUUAAUUUUGUAGCAAAGAGGCUGUACAAAAGGAUCAUUCAAUUGGGUGGUGACCCUAUUAUGUCCGCAGGCUUGGGUGAUGAUCAACAUGAUUUGGGGUAUGAUGCUGUUGCUGAUCCUUGGAUUUCACAAUUGUGGGAUAAGCUUUUACAAAUUUAUCCUUUACCUAAAACAGUUCAACCUUUAGAAAAAGCUUUAACAAUUGUUCCUAGAUGGAAUGUACAAUCCAAAUUACUGGAUGUACAGUCUGUUAAUAAGACCCAGUCUAUGUAUUACUCAACUAGGAAAUCAACAGAUUUUAAUGUAACUUUAAUUGAAAACAAAAGAUGUACAACACCAGAUCACUUUCAGGACGUCCGUUUGUUAAAAUUUAAAACAUCGGGUCAAAAAUACUCGCCUGGUGACCUUAUAGUUCUAAGACCUAAAAAUUUUGAAUGGCAGAUAGAUGAAUUUAAGGAUGUACUCCAAUCAAAUGGAGUAAAUAUACCUCCAGAGACUGUGUUCACAAUAACUCAAAACGAACCGGACAUUCCCGUUCCUGAUGUCCUUAGAUAUGAGGUGACGUUUCAACAAUUGUGCGAGGAAUAUUGGGAUUUGAUGGCCAUACCCAGAAGAUAUGUGUUUAGCAUUUUAGGUCAAAUUACUGACAGUGAGUUGGAGAGAGAGAAAUGCUUGGAAUUCACCACAGCAGAGGGACAAAAUGAUUUAUAUUCAUAUACAAACAGACCAAGAAGAAAUAUUGUUGAAGUAUUGAGAGAUUUCCCACAUGCCACAAAGAACUUAACCAAAGAAAUGCUUUUUGAACUGUUGGCUCCAAUUAAACCAAGAGAAUUUUCCAUUGCAAGCAGUUGGAAGGCACACCAAAACGAGAUACACGUAUUAUUGGCGGUAGUAAAGUACAAAACUAAGUUAGUGAAGGAAAGGUUUGGAUUGUGUUCAAAUUAUUUGGCUGAACUUAAACCUGGGGAUUCUAUUACAGCUUGGAUUAAACAUGGUAGUUUUAAAUUUCCUAGUGCAGAUGAAGCUGUCAUUUUGGUUGGGCCUGGUACUGGAGUGGCACCAUUUAGGAACUACAUAUUCGACAAGUAUGCUGAUAAUUUAGCAACAUCUGAAAAUACAAUACUAUUUUUUGGAUGCAGAAAUAAAGACAAGGAUUUUUUGUGUAGCGAAGAUUUUCAGAAACUUCAUGAUCAAAAAAUUAUUAAUUUGAUAUGUGCCUUUUCUAGAGAUCAGGACUAUAAAAUAUAUGUCCAAGACCAAAUUCUCAACAAUAGUGACUUAAUAGACAAAUCGUUGAAAUCAGGUGCUUACGUGUUUGUUGCCGGCAACGCAAAGCAAAUGCCGCAAGCUGUACGGCGGUCUUUUGUUGAAGUGUUGAUUAAAAAUGGCAUGACAGAGGAUGACGCCAAUAAUUUUAUAGAAAAAAUGGAGAAAACCAAUAGAUAUCAAACGGAAUGCUGGUCAUAACGUUUACGCAAAAUUGUUAAUAUUGUUAUUAAGUUUUGUAUGUUUAUGUAAAUACCAGUUAUUUAUUUUACAAUAAAA